AUGGGAAUGCGCAGCAGCGGCAAGGAAAUGCUGGCCUCCUCGAUGCCGCCGGCGGAUGAGUGGAGCGAUGUAGCGGUCAGCACGCUGCUGGAUUGCUACAACGACAAGUACAUCGAGCUCAAUGGGGGAAGCAUUGGCACCAAGGGAUGGCAGGACGUGAUCUUCAAGCUCAAUUCGGUGUGCGCGCAAGGCAAGCCCGUCUACAGCUACCGGAGAUGCAAGAACAAGCUGGACGUGAUGAAGAGGAGGUUUAAGAUUGAGAGAGACCGAAAGGCGACCAACGGAGGGAUCUCGGAUUGGCCGUGGUUUCAAAAAAUGGAGGAGAUCGUUGGUCGAAAUCCUAGGCUAGGAGCAGCGGCCGCACUUGUUACUGGGACGAUUGGAAAUCACUUCCACCAGCAGCAGCAGCAAAAUCACCACCACCAGCCGCAAACUCAUCCUCCUCAAGUACAACCUUCUACUCUUCCACUACUCCACCAUCACCAAGAACCUGACGAGCAAGGUUUGGUUGGAAGUGGAGUUCUCAACUCUAAACAGGACCAUCGGUUUGGAUCAUCGUCGUUGCAAGCCGCUGCGCAGCACGUCCAAGACGAGAUAUCAGGUGGCCAACUUUUGUCCGACCAGCAGGACGAUAACGACGAUGAUGACGACGAUUGCCAGGCCAGGAACAGCAGCAAAGCGUGCAAGAAGCGGAAAAAAGGUAGCGCCUGCGGUUCUAAUCCGUUGCGUCAUGCCAAAGAGAUUGCUCGUAUCGUGACUGAAGCUCUUGAAAGGAUGGAACUGAAGAGGCUGGAAGUGAUGAGGGAGCUGGAGUUGAAGAGGAAUGAAACUCAGCUCCAGAUCGCGAGGAUGAUCGUAGAAAGCAACGCUAGGCUACAGCAGCAGCAGCAACCACAACAACAUAAUCGCCAGCCUUCGACUUCGUCAGAUCCACAUUCUUACGUGGAGCAGGAGCACUAA